GCACGGAGAAAAGGCGCGCAGUGCUGGGUCGAGACCCGCGCACCACACACCCAGCGCCUCUCAGGGUGUGCCAUGACCUGCACCCUGAACCUCCUUCUGCUGCUCAUCGGCUCGGCCGCCGCCAAAGGCAUAUUUUCAGACGAAGCAUACGAAUAUGAGGUAGUGGUGCCGAUGAAAGUGGACGCCGCGUGGGCGUCGCCGUCGGCCGAGGUGACGCACCACCACCGUUUGCACCCCAGCAGGUCGCGAAGGGCGGCCGACGAGCACAAGGUGCGCUUCGAGUUGCGCGACUCUGCGGCGCUGCGUCUCGAAUUGUGGCCCAGCGUCGAGUUCAUCUCGCCGAGGCUGCGCGUGCAUCGUCCGGUCAGCAGGAGCCGCAGGUCAGUCGGAAAUUUCCACACCUGCCACUAUCAGGGCAUCGUGCAUGGCGAGCCCGACUCCAAAGUCGCCCUCUCGGCGUGCGACGGACUUGCGGGCAUGGUGCGGUCCGCGAAGUACGGAACACUCUGGAUCGAGCCGAUUAGGAACGGAGGUGUGAAAGGACAUCAACAUGUCAUUUACAAAAGACCUUCUUCCACCAAAACGGGCACCCACAGCUGCGGCACUGAAGAUCCAAUUAGAGUGUUCAAAAAGUCGGAGGGCAGAAAAAGACUGAAGCGGAGCAGCCGCAACCUUGAUCUAUUUGAGCAGUUGGAGGACAACGGCCUCGUCCCGGACGGUCCCUUGGCCGGACCUUCCGCCAAAAACGCCGACAAUGAGUUUUCCGUGAGUCGAGAGAGAAACGUCGAGGUGAUGGUGGUGGCCGAUCGAAGCAUGAUGGAUUUCCAUGACAAGGAGAGCGCCACCGACCUCGAAACUUAUCUCCUCACCGUCAUGAACAUGGUCUCGUCGUUUUAUAGGAUUCCCAGUCUUGGAAACAGGGUCAACAUCGUCGUCGCAAAAUUGAGGGUGGAAGACGAAAAUUUGUUGCAGAACGGCCAAUCUUUUAAUGUUACAACGAACGCGGACGUGACUCUGGAUAGUUUUUGCGCGUGGCAAAGGAAGUUAAACAACCCUGACGACGACCAUCCUGAUCACCAUGACGUUGCGAUUUUGCUUACAAGGGUAGACAUUUGCUCAAAAUCAGACAAGCCAUGUGGAACCUUAGGAGUGGCUCAUGUCGGCGGCAUGUGCGACCUGAGCAGGGCGUGCUCUGUGAAUCAGGACAACGGUCUGAGCGUGGCACACACCGUCGCUCACGAGUUGGGUCAUAAUUUCGGCAUGGUGCAUGAUGCUGGCGAGGAAAGCAACAAUGCAGAUGACUGUUUGUCGCGCAAUGGAACGGCCCUGCAUAUCAUGACGCCUAACUUUGACGUCGACACGACGAGUAUGGAGUGGUCUUCGUGCAGCAGGAAAACCAUCACGCGAUUUUUCGACAAGGGAGACGGAGAGUGUUUGAACGAUUUGCCAACGAACCCUGAGGGUCCGACGGAGCUACCUGACCUGCCAGCCGGCGCCCUUUAUGACGCAGACCACCAGUGCCGGCUGCAGUACAGCUCUUUGGCAACGUCGGUGUGCUCAGAAGAAGAGGAUUUUUGCUCGUAUUUGUGGUGCACCGUCAAUGACACGUGCACCACCACCUUAAGACCGCCGGCUGACGGAACAAACUGCGGCCAUCGCAAGUGGUGCAUGAGUCGCGAAUGUGUGGACGUGCGGGACAGUCCGGUCGCGGUUGACGGUGGCUGGGGCGAGUGGGGCCCGUUUAGCGAGUGUUCGCGCACUUGCGGGGGCGGAGUGGCCUCCUCUGAAAGGGAGUGCGACCACCCGCGACCUGCUCACGGCGGCCUCUACUGCACAGGUGUUAGGAAGAGGUAUCGAAUCUGCAACACCAAGCCCUGCUGGAGAAGCGAAAAGAGUUUCAGAGGAAAGCAGUGCGCCGUGUUUGAUCCUGAUUGGCGGCCCUACUUUGAUAGAGGAUCGCCUUGUGCGCUCUUUUGCACAAACGAGAGCUUGAUUGUCGAAGCUGCCCCUGCGGCCAAGGACGGAACACCGUGCAAUUCGUCCUCCAAUGACAUGUGCAUAGAGGGAAAAUGCAGGAGGGUGGGUUGUGACUGGAAAGUGGAUUCUGCAGCUGAGGAGGACGCUUGCGGCGUUUGCAAUGGCGACGGUUCGCAGUGCAUCACCCACAGCAACCAUUUUGGCAGAAAAGAAGGCAAAGGUGUGCAGGUGAUUGCGGACGUUCCGGCCGAGUCGCACAACAUUCGCGUAGAGGAGACGGCCAAUUCCCGCACGUUUAUCGCUCUCGGCGCCUCUGAGAAACGACUCUACGUCGACGGCCGCAGACUGGGCAAAGGCGAAAGUCAAGACAUUCCUGUGGCCGGAUCGGUCGCGACCUACCAACGGUGGGGUCAUCGAGAGACUUUGACUCUUCGCGGCCCCACUAAUGAAGCUCUUCACAUUUAUGUGAUUUACGCAGGGAAGGCUCGAAACUUGGGUGUCAGAUAUGAAUUCACAGUGCGCAGGAAACCUGGAGAAAGAGCGUCCGAGUUCCACUGGCAAUUUCCAGAGUGGUCUGCGUGUUCAGUCACUUGUGGCAGUGGAAUGCAGAUCGCUCGUCCCCAAUGUGUUGAGCGUCACUUGAGCCAAGUUGAUAGUGUGAAGUGCCUAUCAACGGGUCCUCCUCCUAAUUCUUUAACAAAGACGUGCACCCUUCCUCCAUGUCCAGCAAGGUGGUGGAGUGGUCCGUGGCAACUUUGUCCCGUAACCUGUGGCCCUUGGAUCACCAGACGUCACAGGACGGUGCUCUGCGUGCGAAAUAUUGAGGAGGGACCAGAAUUCCAAGCCCUUCCCGACGAGGACUGCGAUCAAAAAACGAAACCCCAAGAAGAAGAACCUUGCCCAGGUUUGCCGAAGUGCGAUCGGUUUCACUCGUUUGACGAAUUCAAGAACAAAUCGUCCAUCCGAGUGGCCUCCACGACGCGACCGGUGCGCCAAAGACCAAUCAGGAGGCAUCGAAAAAGGGCAGAGGCGAGAAUUCGCAGCCACCACACCAGAGACGAGAAGAGGUUUAGGUGGCACACUGGAGAGUGGACCCACUGUUCAAAAACUUGUGGCGAUGGAAUAAGGAAAAGAGGUGUCACUUGCGUCCUUUCCCAAACUGGACAUCGAGUGGCCGUAAAGCACUGUCCCGGAAAGAAACCAGCUGACUAUGAACCGUGCAUUGUGAGUCCUUGUUCCCAGUGGACGGUUGGUGCGUGGACGGAGUGCGACUGCGACGGAACAGGCAAGUCUACGCGGACAGUCUCGUGUCCCAGACUGAACGAGUGCAGCGAGCAAAACAAACCAGAGACGUCUAGAUCCUGCUUCGAAUCUUGCUUAAUAUAGAUUAGAUUUUACAAUUUAAAGCUGUACAAAUUUAUUUAAUUUAAAAUAAAUAUAUAUAUU